AUGGCAUUCCAGUUUGGAUUUUCUGGACAAGAUUUAAGCGACGAUGAAUUGAGCGACCAUCGGCAGUGUUCUCAAGACAGCCCUGGCAUGAUUGGCGAAGCGGAGAAGCCAGCAUGUAACCCACUAGACUCCCCCAAUCUACAGUCGUCAGUCUUCAAGCAACCAGCUUGGGAAGAUCUGGGUGCAAUUUUGGAAAGUCUCGUUAAUGUCAGGAUUUCAUUUGAAAAGAUUCUAACUCCGCAAUGUGGGAUCCCGCUGUAUCGGCGGGAACUUUUCGAUGUCAAACAUCAACUUAUGACAGAGGCAGACGACGAGGCAAGCGUGCAUAGUAGUGUAGAGCUAGAGAUUUUAAUGGGUGAAACGAAUGAAGAUGUACGCCGAAAUGUUUACGAAGGGGGCCUAAAGUCGUGGGAGUGCUCGAUUGAUCUUGUCGAUGCUUUGUCUUUAAGCCUUAGUGAAAGCAUUCGGUCAAGUACGAUCUUGGAGCUUGGAUGUGGUACAUCUCUGCCGACUGAAUAUCUAUUCGCACAAUUGCUACAAAACAAGGGCCAAAGGUGUAAUGCAAACAUAUAUUUGGCUGAUUACAAUGAAUCCGUGCUGCGUUUAGUGUCAAUUCCAAAUUUAGUACUUACGUGGGCGGUAGUGACUCUAAGCUCUCAAGAACUGACUGAAUUACAGAAACAUGAAGACCCCAAUACCCCUGUUGCCGAGGGCGAGCUUUUAUUGACAAAGGCUCUGCUUCGCAAAUUUGCACAGGACAUAUCUGCCAAAGGUGUCCACUUGAACCUUUUAUCGGGCGCAUGGGGGCGCGAUUUCUGCAACAUUCUACUUCCGCGACUACCAGAAACGAGCUCAGAACUCCUAAUAUUGUCGUCUGAGACAAUAUAUCAACCUGAAACGCUCCCAGUGAUCUCAGAAGUCAUCCUGGAACUUCUGCAGUCAAAACCCGGUGCAAGAGCAUUAGUGGCCGCCAAGGAUAUAUACUUUGGAGUUGGAGGUAGCGUUAUUGAGUUUCAAAACUACAUCCACGACAAAAUACAGAGCCGCUCUCUAAAUCUGGUUCAACAGACCAGCAAAAUCCAGGCUGGUCUUAAAAGGUCUAUAGUAUCUAUUCACCAAAAAGAGCAAUAG